AUGGCAACUUGGGCAUACCCCCCACUGGGCCCUGACCAGUUGAACCAGGAGGCAGACACUACACUGGCUCGGGAGCUGGAGUGGCUACUACAUUCGCUGCAGGAAUCUCUUACUGCUCUGAAGGAUGGUCUGCAGGAGUGUGCAGCACUUUUAGCUCCCCAGGAACCAGGGUCAACUCUGGUCUUAUCGUCUUUGCGAUCGGAAAAUGUGAAGGGCUUCGUGACCCGUGUCGGAACCAAGGUGGUGAAAGGGGAUAUUCAGCUUCGGCUUCCGUCAUUGCCUCCCCCACGAGGCUCUCCCAGUACCCGCCUUACCUUAUCCCAAACCCCCGGUGCCCCAGAUCUAGUCCUGCAGCAACUCGUCUCGGUCCGAAACCUGGUCAAUCAAAGUCUGGAUAUUGUGGACGUGAGCACAUACACGGGCGACCCUCUCAAUGCGGGAUUUAUAUUCAGCCAGCUGCAUCUCCUGCAUGAAACCAUCAGCGAGGCAAGGCAGAUGCUGAAAGGGGAUGGUGACGUUCGAGGCAAUUGGUGGGAGACGAGUGCGUCUGAUAAUAUCUUUGACCCUCCUCCCCCACCUUAUCUUUCAUUUCACCUCUCUAUCGCAGACUCGGCGCUAAUUCUUCUUGUUCGUACCCUCGAGAGCAAUACUAUUACACAAACGCCGACUGCCUUCGCCUCGGAUAUCUCCUUGACUGGAUUCUCCCUGCGAGAUCGUAUAUUUGGAUCUCGGCAUCGUGCGCACGAUGAGGCGGGCGAUGUAUUCAUGUGGCAUGGAGAAGAAGUUCGGGUCAAGGAGAAGUUUCGAGUAGAAAGCCAAGAUCCCAGUCUCAUGUCAGUUAUGGCAAAAUUGACAGCCCUGGAGCACGAAGUAAUGCGCUGGGUCAACGCCUUACGUGUGCUCAUGGGGAAUGAGGAUACAGAGAGUGAAUAG